CGGAAACAGGCUGGUGUUUCUAACUUACCUGUGAUGAGUCGCUCUCGUGAAGUUGUGGAAGUGUUUAUACCUCAGUUUCCAGGUUGUUUUCUCUAGUUAGUGAAGUUUUAUGUGGAAGACUAAACUAACCAGUCCUUAAACGAGACCGGAAAUGAGAAGAUGGAAAAGUAGCAUUUUAACCAGCUGUCCUGAGUUUCUGUAGUUCGUAAAGAAAAUGUCUGCAAAGAGUGAAGCAAGGAAAGGUCAGUACCUUGCCGACCGGCCGCUCUUUAGUUAGCUAAAUGCGGCUUUGUGGCCACUUAUGACUGAGCGGCUGUCGGCAUGCCGCCGAGUCAAGCGAGCUCCCCGCGGCGGGCCGUGGCUGUGCUCGCCGCGGGGCUGUUGCUCAGUCUGGGUCGGUGCGGUGCCGCCGAGUCUCCUGGACCAGGAUGUGACAACGGAAAGGUGUAUUUGGACAGGGACCUGCUUGCAGAUGUUUACUGGAGCUGUUCAGAUCCGAACUGGACGGAGUUCUCUCAGAGGCUUCCAAAUAUCGACACAGUGUAUGACCCAGAGCCGGCUAAGAAGGUAUGCAUGGACAAACCCAUCUCCUACAGCCACACCAUACCCAACAGUGGAGCGUUCAGACCAGUAAUGGCAGAGAGUGGAGAGUACGUGUAUUGUCCUCCUCAACGGUGGCUUGGUAACUUGCACGACGGAGCUACUGUUUUGCUCUACCAUCCCUGUGCACCACUCCACGAGCGUCGCCUCCUGACUCAGUUGGCUCGCUCCUGUCUCGCAGAUUACAUCAUCAGCCCACACCCACAUCUCAGCACACACAUGCCAGUAGCCUUGGUGUCCUGGGGUCGCACUUUGGAAAUGACCACUGUGGGCUCCUCAGACGUCUGUGAUUGGCUGCAGGUCACACAAAACAAAAAGCCUAAGUUUGACGGUGUGACCCAGACCAGGAAGUACAACCUCCUGUUGACCAGGUCGGCCGAGCUGCACCUGCUGGAAGGAUCGACAGAAACGAAGGWGUCCUUGAGGCGAUGCUGUGAGCACACCAUCUCUUCACUACUGAGAGGAACCAGAGAUGGAGCGCCCAGCACGAAGGAGGAACACUUAAAACUGCGUAAACAGAGGAAAAAAAGCAGGAGAAUUCGAGCCGCUAUCGGGGGAAAAGAGAACAACAGUGAAAAGCAGAAUGAAACAACAAACGACACCAGUUUGUGGACUGGUCAAACCAACAGAACGACCCCCCAACGGACCGAGUCUGUACAGAAUCACAGCAGUACACAUGGAUUAUUAGCAGCAGAUUCACUGCCAGGAAGAAGGACUCUCUCGGAUCCUUCAGCUCUUCAGUCGCAGAUUCAGGGUUUACUUCAAACUAAUUCAUCAGGGUUAAAGGAGCCUGAGGACGGCAGGCCAACGGUACAAACAGCAGCGCUGCAGCCUGAUAGUCAAAAAUCUGAGUCUCCAGGGAUAGAUGUGUUGUCAGGGGGUGUAAACAAUGAGAGCCAAGCAGUGAGGCCUGAAGUCCUAGCUGCCAUUUCUAAAGAUGAAGGUACAAACCCGGUCAAASAGGACCAUAAGGUCUCUGCUCAAAGAGGCAAGAAGAAUAAAAUAGAUAAGAAUAUGACAGUGGAUCAAACGAUAAAAAAUAAAACGGUUGAUGUUGCAGAAAGAGUGGCAGAUAAGAAGCCAGAGUCUCUGCCGCUGCCAGAAGCCCACCAAGACCCCAGCAGUAAAGACUGCGGGGCGUGCAAAGCAGGCGAGCCAUGUGAGUGCACAGAGAACCAUGUCGCCRCAGAGAGGGUCGGCCUCCAAAAGACCCCCAGGACCGAUGAAGCCGUGUGGGCAGCGGCGUCGCUGGGCUUUCUGCUCGUCCUCCUCACGCUCUCCAUUCUUCACACCCGCCUCUACCGCCACUGGAGGACCACCCCCAGCCUGUACUGGCACGACCCCCAGCAGGACUACGACAGCGUCGCAGAUGUGAUACGGAAGCGGCUGAGAAUCGCAAAGAGAAGACGAAAAAGAGGCCGGAGGAAGGAGUACGUUCUUCUGCCGAGUUCCUCCAGCUCAGACGAGUGUCCGUAGACUGCUGAAGCUGUUCGCCUGACUGGAUCCAGAUGGGACUUUUAUUCUACACUGAUGUAUGAUGGCGUUACAGAAACACUGACAAUUCAAGAAGCAGAAAAUAAUCUGAAAACCUGGUCAGUCUAUUUGGCUCUAUUUGCCCAAUUUUAACCACAGCAGUGAGGUCAGGGACAGUUUCAAGAUUAAAUACUUUUUGUAACUUUGUAAACCACAUCCAAGAUCUGCUGCUGAGUCAUCGAGUCGAACUUCUUGUGGCGUUUGGACCUGGACUCACUGCAUCAGGACUUAAAUUAUUUGUCAAUCUGGUUUUUCAACAACUUCACCUUUUUUCUAUCUAUAUUUUUAGAACGUCUCAAUUUGCUGACCCUUUUGUUCUACACUAGUGAUACUACAUACAACAGGUUAGAAGUUUAAAUCCUAAAUAUCUGAUACGUAAAUGUUGGGCAGCGUUGGAGCUGAAAGCACUUUUUGAGUGCCCAGUUGAACUGGUGAGGCAGUUUGGACAUAGAUGGCACCUUUGAAUGAAAUUAACUUACUAAUUUGCACAACUAACAAGUGUUGAUGUUUAAGUGUCUUGCUGCUUUCAUCAUGAGUGAAACAAGUGGAUUGUUGAAGUGUCA